AUGUCGCAUACGAAAUGCUAUUCAGUUUGAAAAUGUUGGUUCAAAGGCGAAUAUUGUACUUUCGUGGCAUAUUUUUGUUACUCGUGGUUGUCUCCAUAAUUUAUACAUAUUUAGCAUACAAACGAAAUGUACUGAAUUGGGAAAAUUUCACUGGAGCAACCAGAAAAGUUGCAAAUGAAGCGGAAAAUAGCUUAACAGAGCAACUAAUAGAUAAUGUGCGCAUUCUAUGUUGGAUAAUGACCAACCCCGCUAAUCACAAAACGAAGGCUAUACAUGUUCGUCGCACCUGGGGCAGACGUUGUAAUCGUUUAAUAUUUGUAACCACGGAGGAAACCGAUGAAUUGGGUGAAACAUUUGUUCUACAUAAUUUCACUGAUACUUAUGAUGCAUUGUGGAUGAAAACGAGAAGAGCAUUUAAGCAUGUUUAUGAAAAAUACGCUAAUGAAAUGGAUUGGUUCAUGAAAGCAGAUGACGACACGUUCGUUCUCGUGGAAAAUUUGCGCUAUUAUCUCUAUGCAUAUAGUCCGGAUAUGCCUAUCUAUUUUGGACAUGACUUUAAGUUGAAACACAAAGUCGAAAACCAUUACAUGUCCGGCGGUGCCGGUUAUGUCCUAAGCCGCGAAGCUCUAAGUCGUUUUAUCAACGAUGCAGUGCCAAAUGAAGUGUUAUGCCCACCUGAAGAUGAGCAAACACCCGAAGACUGGGCGAUUGGUAAUUGUUUACGGUCUGUAGGAGUAUUGCCUGGAGAUUCACGUGAUGCACACAACGAACUGCGUUUCAUACCUUUUAACCCAGGUACUCUAUUAACUGCAGGGUAUUUAAGUGAAGAAGACUGGUAUUUCACAUAUAGAGUCUAUCAUCCGCGAGAGUGUCAAGAUUGCUUAUCAAAACAUGCUGUCUCUUUUCACUAUAUGACACAGAAGUAUAUGUACUUGACUGAUUUUUUCCUGUAUAAGUUUCAAUUAUACACACCGCUGCAUGAGAAUGAAGUUUUACCCAAAAAACUACGAUUGGAAGAGGUGAAGAUACCAGCUAAAAUCAAUGCAUGGGACAUAACCAUAGAAAAGGCAUGAUUACAUACCAAAUU